GUGGUAAGUUGAUCCUGGGGAAUCGAGUAGGAGCAAGAGCUUCUCCGUCCAGGCACCAUGCCCAAGUUUGUUCCCCGUCAGCGGAAGCAAAAGCACCGGCAGCAGGCGGAGGCAACCACCGGGGUCGAUACCAAUGCUGCCGAAAUUUUGCCCGUCUCCAAAAGUGAGAAGGAAGCGAAGCGACAGCAGCUGAAGGAGGAAUUGAAAUCCCAGAACCCGGCUAUUUCCUCCAAGAAACAGAAGCGCCUGGAUAAGUAUAUUGAAACCAAAUUGAAGAAGGAAGAGAACAUUGAAUUGUUGAAGAAGCUCGCGCAAUCCAAGAUCGACACAUCCGCUCUCCAAAGCUCGAAAGAACUCGGAAAACGCAAAAGACCAGAUGAAAGGCCGCCAAGGCCAACGACCACGGACAACAAUGUUCGUCCCAACUACGAUUCCUCCGGCGACGAGACUGAUGAUUCGCUACCUCCGGCCAAAUCCAUUGCCGUCGCAACCUUGCCUGAUGAAUCCGCGAAUACACCUGCAGCGCCACAGGUAGUGGGCAGUGGCUUGAAGCGCCCGCUUGAAUUAGGGCCUGAUGGGUUUCCCAUCAUAAAGAAGCGGAAGCGCGCGCCCAAAAAACCGAUGAUCACGAUAACUAUGCCCGAAGUCCCUUGGGAUGGUUUUGGCUCGGAUGAUGAUGCUCAGAGCGAGGAGGAUGAGGAUCAAGAAGAGAAAAAUGAGGAUGAUGAAGCACAUUCUGAAGGAGACUCCGAUGAGACAUCGGAGGAUGGUACGAGCGAUGAUGGCAGCGACAGUGAGAGCGGCGAGGAGGAUGAGGAUGAAGACGAUGAAGAUGAAGAUGAAAACGAAGAAGAUGAAGAGGAAGAGACCGGCACUCUAAACAAGGGCAAGCCCCGACAGUCCGCAUUCAAGGAUUGGGCGAGGCAGCAGAUCAAUGAAGCGGUGGGAUUCAAGCCUGCCACUGUUCCAGUUGUGUCCGAGCCAAUGCCGUUCAUCCCUGAACGUAAGAAGCCUGUGAGGAAUACUGUCUACGAGGAAGAGCCGCUACCUCGAGAGCUCCAGGUCACCACUGGAGAUCCUAACCGCAAAGCGUUCAGUGUUCAAGUCAACCGCUCUGAGGAGAUACAGAAAGCACGUCUGGGCUUGCCUGUGGUCGGAGAGGAGCAGAAGAUCAUGGAAGCUAUUUACAACAACUCUUCCAUCGUGAUUUGGGGUGCUACAGGUAGCGGAAAAACCACCCAGCUACCCCAAUUCCUUUUUGAGGCCGGCUAUGGUCAUCCUGACAGUCCUAACCCUGGAAUGAUUGCCGUUACCCAGCCACGCCGAGUAGCUGCUGUCAGUAUGGCGAAACGUGUCGGCGAUGAGUUGGGCCAGUAUUCUGACCGUGUCUCUUACCAAAUUCGAUUCGAAAGUACGGCAACCAGCAAAACUGCCGUCAAAUUUAUGACCGACGGUAUCCUUAUCCGAGAGAUUGCCGAAGACUUCUCGUUGAGCAAGUAUUCGGUCAUUGUCAUUGACGAAGCUCACGAGCGCAGUGUCAACACUGAUAUCCUCAUCGGCAUGGUGAGCAGAAUCGUUGACCUUCGGAAAUCCAUGAGCGCGGAAGACCCAUCCGUCAAGCCCCUGAAACUGGUGAUCAUGUCUGCCACUCUGCGCAUUUCCGAUUUCACACAAAAUCCCAGUCUGUUCCGCGAGGGACCACCACCAUUGGUCCAGGCUGAAGGUCGUCAAUAUCCCGUCACCGUUCACUUCUCCAGACGUACCCACCGCGACUACGUUGAGGAGUCUUUCCGCAAAGUAUCUCGAGGCCAUCGCAAGUUGCCCCCAGGCGGUAUCCUAGUAUUCUUGACUGGACAGAACGAAAUCCGUCAGCUUUCCAAGCGUUUGAAGCAGGCCUUCAAGCCUACUCAGCGAGGAGACACUACCCAGGUCAAGGUCCAGAUCUCGGCUAACGAUGCGCCAUUGGAGGUGGAAGAUUUGGAGAUCGGCGGUGCCGAUUUGUCUGUUCCCGGCGGCGAAGGAGAUGAUGAAAGCGAUUAUGAGAUUACUGGGCUGGAUGAGCCCGAUGAGGAAGACGAAGAGUUUGACCUCGGUGAAGAGGCCAUGAGCUCAUCUACCCGGGUCCACGUGUUGCCACUGUAUUCUCAACUUCCCACCAAAGAGCAGCUGAAAGUCUUCGAGGAACCACCAGAGGGCUCGCGUCUUAUCGUUCUGGCGACCAACGUGGCAGAGACAAGUUUGACUAUCCCUGGCAUCAAGUACGUUUUCGACUGCGGUAGAGCCAAGGAGAAGCAGUAUGAUUUAUCUACGGGAGUGCAGAAGUUCCAAAUUGAAUGGAUCAGCAAGGCUAGCGCAAACCAGCGAGCCGGUCGUGCUGGUAGAACUGGACCGGGUCACUGCUAUCGCCUUUACUCUUCGGCAGUCUACGAGAACGAGUUUGCCGAAUACACUGAUCCGGAGAUUUUGCGCACGCCGAUCGAAGGCGUUGUGCUGCAGAUGAAGAGCAUGGGUCUGCACAAUGUUAUCAACUUCCCCUUCCCCACGCCCCCUAGCCGUCAAGGACUGGCCAAGGCCGAAAAGCUGCUCAAAAACCUGGGAGCUCUGACGUCAGAGGGCAAGAUCACACAGAUCGGAAACCGCUUGUCUACGUAUCCAUUAUCUCCUCGAUUUGGCAAGAUGUUGUAUGUCGGCCACCAGCACGGCUGCAUGCCGUACGUAAUUGCCCUCGUUGCCGCUUUGGCUGUGGGAGACCUCUUUGUUCCCCAGAACCAGAUCGAUCCCGUGCCAUCUAAGAGCGAUGACAACAAUGGAGUGUACACCAACGCGGACCGGCUCGAGGAUACGGCUCGUGAGCAACGCCACAAAGAUUACGCCCGGGCUCAACGUCUUUUCAGCAAGCACGACGAUACCUCCGAUGCAAUGAAAUUCCUGUCGGCGAUCUGCGCCUACGGCUAUGCCUCCGACAGCGAGUCGUUCUGUGAGAAGAUGUUCCUGCGCGCCAAGGCAUUCAAGGAGGCCACCCAGCUCCGUCGCCAACUAACGGAUAUCGUGCGAACCAACAACCCCGGUCUCGUCCCUGCAUACCAGGCGCGCCUGCCAGAGCCCUCCGAGAAACAGGUCAAGGCUCUCAAACAGAUUGUCACCGCAGGGUUCAUCGACAAUGUCGCUCUUCGUGCGGAUCUCGCGCCUGUACCUCCUGAGAUGGCCCGGACGCCGAAGCGAGCAAUCGACGUCCCGUACUUCACGCUCAUGAGGUCCCGCGAGGGUCCGGGCUUGGAACUGAACGACAAGUGUGUAUAUGUGCAUCCGUCCUCGAUCCUUGCGCAGAUGUCGGCCAAGGAGAUGCCACAGUACAUCGUCUAUUCCCACCUUCAACAAUCUUCUCCGUCAGUAGUGGCGUCAGAGCAAACACCGAAGAUCAGGAUGUAUCCACUUGCAACCCCCAGCGGGCUGCAGCUUUCUGCAAUUGCACACAACACGCCGCUGAUUGAGUACGGUAAGCCAAUUGGAAAGGCAGAUACGAUUGAGGGUAUUCCUGAACGGCGCUCAUGCUGGGUGAUUCCGUCGUUGGUGGGUGAGGCCGGCGGUUCGAGGUGGCCUUUACCUGCAAAGAAGGUCAUCCAGAGGAAGGAUCCCAAGGAGGGAUGGGUGAUUGAGAAGUUUACUAGUUGA